AUGGGGUUCUACCAAAACAUCCAGCGAGAUUAUGGGAAUCAUGCUAUGAAACUACUUAAACAAUGGAGUAACCUGACCUACAAGAUGGCUUCUUUGAAGAACAGACGAAUUUUUUUGCUGAAAUGCCGGAAGAACAGCGUCUUCCCAAACCACAUCACCCACAGCAUUGGCAGCAUCCGGAAUCUACUAGAUCACCACGGAGGACGUCUUGGUAGUGAUAUCUCCCUUUUUGAUAUUAAGGUGAGAAGGAAAAUUUUAAAUUUAGAAAUUAAGAUCACCAUUUCUGAUUUGAAUCUUUACCAGAAACGCAUAGACGCCAUUUAUAACAACAUUACUAAUAUUUUGCCUCGUGAGAUUGUUAAUGAGUUCAACAAUAGAUUAAAGCAUACUUUCCAGGUUGAAUUUAAUAGGGUAAAGUCAAUUAACGUUAAUAAAUAUGGGGUUCUCAUUUCUAAGGUUCAGAGUGAUAUCAGGGUGCGGGACGAGUGGUUAAGGAAUAUUUCUAGCACUGUCAUACCUGACAAUGUGGUGAAGGUGCUGGCUCUUGGUCCAAAAUUUAAUAUUUCUCCUAAUGCAAAUACAAUUAAAAUUCCUGAAUUGCUCAGUGAUCUGGAGUUAGCAGUUUCUGGUUUUGAUAAAAAUAAGAAAGAUAUUGUACGUGGCAGGUUUACAAAUGUAAUAGUCAACUUUCUCCAUGGUGACAGCAGAAAAACACACAUUUUAAGUAAACAAAUAAAAGAAACAAAACAAUUUUUAGUUGAACACCCUGAACUUAUCGUGACCCUUAGUGAUAAGGGUAACGUCACUGUUGUCAUGGACAGGGCUGAUUACCUAAACCUUAGCUAUGGUUUACUCAAUGAUACUAAGUAUUACAAACCACUCCCACGCGAUCCCACCAGCACUCUGGAAGUGAAAGCAAACAAAUUAAUUUCGAAUUUCAGUAACUUGGAAAUUAUUGAUAAAGAAUUGGCCAAAAGUCUAAAAACCUAUAAUUCUACGGCAGCUAGAUAUUAUGGACUUCCUAAGAUUCACAAGCCUGCCCUUGCACUUAGACCAAUUAUCUCCUCAAUCAAUUCAUUCAAUAGUAAAUUAGAAAAAUAUCUCACCACUGUACUCACUAAAGCAUACAACAAAUCUAACCCUUUUUACAUUGACGAUUCGUUUGUUUUUUGUGAAUUUAUUAAUGAAUUUCAAUUGCCUCAGAACUACGUUCUUGUUAGCCUCGAUGUUGUUUCGCUCUUUACUAACUUACCUCUUGAUCUAGCCCAGAAGACCAUAAAAGAUAAAUGGGAUACUAUAUCCCCCCACACACCAUUUGAUUUGGCUUCUUUCACACAAAUUUUAAAUUUUGUUUUUGAUUCUACAGUCUUUGUCUUUAAUGACAAAUUUUAUAAGCAAAUUUAUGGCACACCCAUGGGAGCUAGCAUUUCCCCCAUAAUUUCGAGCUAUGUUCUGGACGGGCUCCUCGCCCAGGGCAUUGAGCGGGUCCCAUAUAACAUUCCGUUUAUUAAGAGGUAUGUUGACGACCUUAUAUUGUCGGUUCCUAUGGACAUGACUGAUCACAUUCUAGACGUUUUUAACGAUCUUAGUGACAGUCUUAAAUUCACUAUUGAAAGGGAGGUUGAUAAUUCAAUUCCUUUCCUUGACAUGAGGCUUAUUAGGAGACCUGACAAUAAAAUAGUCACGAAAUGA